UUGCGGCUGGGGGGCAGCGGGUGCUAGCGGGCGCUGAGAGCGCGCGGAGGUUUGAACCGCGCCGGCCACCGUACGGGGGAGGUGCCACUGCCGCUUCCGCGAGAGGUGGCCUCCGCCGCGCAUGGAGGAGCUGCCCGUCGUCGUUCUCCUGCUCCUCCUCCUCUCCUUACUGCUUGUCCCGUUGGUGCUCCUGGGCAGGAGGCCCCGCGGUCGGCGGACGCCUCCGUUCAGUCUCCUGGUGGUGGCCGGCUCUGGUGGGCACACAACAGAAAUCCUGAGGUUACUUAGCUUUUUGUCAGAGUCAUACUCUCCUAGAUAUUAUGUUUUGGCAGACUCAGAUAAGAUGAGUGAAGCUAAAAUACGUUCUUUUGAACAAAAAAGGGCUGAAACAUUCUCCAAGUCCCAGUUCAGCCUUGAUCGCAUUCCCAGGAGCCGGGAGGUUAGACAGUCUUGGAUCUCCUCUGUGCUAACAACACUAUACUCCAUACUUUACUCUCUUCCUCUGACCUACAAACGGAAACCAGAUUUGAUAUUGUGCAAUGGCCCAGGAACAUGUGUUCCUGUCUGUUUAUCUGCUUUUCUUCUUGGCCUUCUACGAAUAAAGAGAACAAUCAUUGUGUAUGUAGAGAGCAUCUGCCGUGUGGAAACUUUAUCCCUGUCUGGAAAGAUUCUUUACUACUUUUCAGAUUAUUUCAUUGUUCAGUGGCCUGAGCUGAAGAAAAAAUAUCCCAAGUCAGUAUAUCUUGGUCGAAUAGUGUAGCAACAGAAGACAAGGUAAACUUUACCUGAAUAGACUCUACAAGCUCCUCACUUGCAUUCCUGCAGUAAUUUAUUUCCAAGAAUUCCUGUUAAGAAAUUAGGCUGGUACUUAUAAAUGAGACAAUAAAGAUUUCUCUACAUUUAAGUAAAAUUUUUGUGUAUUUGUAUUUAUUGCUAUCAUGUA